AUGGCUAGCCAACUUCCGAAAAUCUCCUAUAUUCCGAUGAGCAUCUUCCUAUUCUCUUCUCAUGUAUUAUGCGGCAUCUUGAUGGCGAUAAUCACCAGACAGCCGCAGAUGCCACUUACGGGUGCGCGUACUAAAGAAAGGUGUUUUUUCUUGGCUAUAAGGGGUGUGACGUUCACACGAACAUUAGGAUUAUACCUCAUCGCAUCUGUCGCUUCAUAUUUGGCGGUGAUUGGAUGCCAUCAAAUCCUUUUCCUAUACCUCAAGCUCAAAUUCGCCUGGGAUGCCGGCCAAUUUGGUCAUCUUAAAGCGGGCAGCCGAUUGACCGCCACUAUUAUGGUCGAGUCCUGGCUGUGCAUGCCUCUCUUGAGAGUGUCGCUCAGCUUUUUGCGUCUUCCAUUUUCCACCCACUCCUCCCCUUGUCUGCAAAAUUCGGGUUUCCUUCACUGCCGUUUUAUA